UUUAUGUGUUGUAUCGCUGGUACUAUGCAUAGCGAUGGUCAGUGCCGUGCACUUUGAGCCCCAACAACCUUUUGGUGGCAAAGCUUGGGUAGUGUUGGUGGCAGGCAGUCAUGGUUGGGGCGAUUAUGGAUUUCAAGCAAAUAUAUAUCAUGCUUAUCACAUAGCGGUAGCCCGGGGUGUGCCCAAAGAAAAUAUCAUCGUGUUUCAUUACGAUGAUAUUGCCGCCAAUCCCAGCAAUCCUACACCCGGUGUUGUGGUCAAUACGCCUAAUGGUACUGAUGUUUACGCCGGUGUGCCUAAAGACUAUACCGGCAAAGAUCAUACAGUCAAGAACUUUUUCGCUGCCCUCAAAGGCGACCAAGAGUUGGCUAAAGCAGACAAAAAAGUGGUCAACAGUACACUUAAUGAUCACAUAUUUGUCUAUUUUAUUGACCAUGGUGCACCGGGAUAUGUGCUGUUUCCUAAGGAACAAAUGCACAACACUGACCUGAUCAAGACACUAACCGAGAUGAACGCGGCUAAGCGAUUUGCCAAGCUGGUUUUCUAUCUAGAGGCAUGCGAAUCAGGAUCAAUGUUUGAGAAAGUUUUGCCCAACAAUAUUAACGUAUACGGAAUGACAUCGACUAAUUCAACUGAAUUGGGCUGGAAUUGUUGUCGCGAUACUAAACGACAGGCCUGGGUCAGUUCAUACUUUGGUUAUUAUUGGUACAAAAAUUGGCAAAGCACAGAUUUUGUUAAGGAAACUUUGCAAGAUCAAUUUGAAUACCUGCAUAACACUACUAAUCAAACCGGUGUGAUGGAGCCCGGGCAACACGCUCAGCAUGCUCACCAAUGGGGUGAUCUGUCCAUUACAAAAUUACCUGCUUCACAAUUUCAAGGACCAACACCAUUCAUCCAGGUCAGCAAUGCUGAUUUAGACAAACCAAUUUGUAAUCCGGUUAACACACGGGAAAUGCCGGUACAGAUGUUGGAGAAAAAUAUUGAAGAGACCAACGAUAUGCACGAGAAGUUGAGGUUAACUCAAGAAUUG